AAAGGAACUUGCAGGAGUGCAGUGUGUGGUGAUUAGGUACAUGCAGUCUCUAGGCUUGAAACUUGUAUGGAAGCAUUUGAAGACACAUUCCUAAAACUGAAACAGCUGGAGACAGAGCACAGCAGCCCCGUGCCAACUGAGCGUCCUAACGUAAACAUAAACAUACAGGAUGAAGUAGUAAAGCUGACAGAUAAAUGUCUUAAUGCAAUUGAGAGCCCAGUCACAGCAGCAACGUGGCUUCCAGCAGAUAUCAAAAGCAAUAUCCUGAAGGCCCAGGCAGAAGCAGGGCACAAGGUCAUGAGAGAAGACAGCCUGACAGUUGUCAAGAAUUCCACUAUUCAGGAUGCUGCUGCCAGGAACAUACUCCCAUCAGGCAAAACACAGAGUAGUCCUCGAGCAACCAGUCCGGUAUUUCAAGACCCAAGAGAGCUGCUGAAAGCAAUCCCUGCCUCAGACACCUUUGUUCCUAAUGCAUUAAAUGAGGACAGCGCUGCCUCUAACCACGAAGACCUGAUGAUUCCAGUUAAUCUGGCUCCAGCUGAGGAGGCUGCUGUUCCAAAGAGCACUCCAGAUGACCAGGACGUUUCCUUAACAUCAUUGACAGAGAAUCUAAUUGACUUUACAGAAGCCACACCUCGGGUGUCUUCCCAGCCCAUGAUAACACCAAGGUGGAUAGUGCCAACUGGACUAAUUUCCAAUGGGCCUUUGGGAGAUGAUGUUGCCUUAUCUAUGAAGGCCAUGAAAGGCAGCACAGACACUCUGUUGUCAUCAGCUGGAUUGCCACCAUCCCAACAGACAUCUGAUGUCCUUGCAAGCCCAGUUACUGAGGAUGCUACAGUAAGAACGAAGUGUUUACUCACCACUGAACUCUAGAAGGAGUUUCUGCACGUCCCACCUUGUAAAAAACCUCAGAUCUUCUAACACAUCUCCAAGGGAUCCUUCAAAAAGACUUGCUUGGGAUCAAACUCUUGCUGAAUGGAAGUCAGACAGCCAGCUGGGUUGCUAGGAUCCGGGAAGAGACUUUUACUUUUACUGUGAUCUAACUGGAAUUACAGUCUAAACCGGGAAAUAAAACCACAUGCACAUUUGAUCUUCUCCCUCAGGAGAAGUGAAACAUCACACUGGAGCUAGUUCUGAACGUGAGGAACAGAAUCUAGUUGCAUUCCAUUCACGCUAGGUUUAGUCUUACUUACCCUGUGCUGCCUCUCAAGUGUUAAUGAGAAGCGUUCACUGUGAUGCUAGCCAUGUAGUGUGUGAGCAGCUGUCCCCUGACCUGUGUGGAUGAAUGUUGGAAAGAUCAGGAGAACUUGUAGGGCCACCUUGUGGCCACGCUGCGCACGGUGGCUCACGGUGGUGACUGUUCCAUGCGGCCAAGGACGUUUUCUUCUGUGUGAUUGUUCCCUUUGUUUUUCAUUUCUUUUACCAACACAUACUCUUCUUUUGGCCUUAAACCCCUUAAUAAUCCUUGCACCUCUUGUUACAGUACCUGGGAAGAAUGAAAAUCUAGUCCAUCAGUGACUAUCUACAUCGACUGGAUUUGAGCUGCUCAUUGCAACCAGGAAAAGGAAAAUUAACCUGCCAAACAGCUUACAGCAUUAGCAGACUUCAGCAGCGGUCCCACGUUACGACACUGAUUAUUUCAUUUCCUGUGUGACUCAAAUACAGGUGUUUUAGGCUAGAGAUACGUAUGUUUUACAUGCUGAAGCAGUAGAGGUAUGAGCGUACCUUACUUCACAAACUGCUUGUUGGUUAGUUUUGUUGUCAUAUAGGACUAGUAGGGAAAAGAAAUUUCUUGUUUCUAUUCAUACUAUUUCUGGGUGUUUUUUUCCAGAUGCUGUGCUUUGGGAAUACUUACCAGGUGUGUUAGCGGCAUGGGGGUACAACUAGAUCAGUUCUUAAUAGCACCUUGAGUCCUGUUCCAAGUGUCAUCUAAUAGUUGUAUGUGGAACAAAGAAUAGAAAGAAUAAGGUGAAAACCAGAAAAAAAGAUCAGAAGUCCCUGUAAGCAGUUCACUUCUUGGUAGAAGAAAAGUAGGAGCACUUGCAAAAGCAUGCUCCACAGAGCUGGUGAAGGCCUUUUGGUGCUGCGGUGAAGUACAGGUUACAAUAUGUGUGGGUUGGAAGACUUCAUUUGAGUCCUGGGCAGCAAUAUCCUCGUGGGGACGUGUAGAGGUGAGCACAUGGACCCUUGGGACACAGCCUGUGAAAAAGGUCAGUGCAGAGUUGGAGGGAUGGAGACCCGAUGAUGAACUCCAUACCUGCUAACAGGGAAGCUCAGAUGAAACCACUGGGAUCUUUCUUAGGGAGAGGUUUGUACAUAUGACUGGGGUUGGAGGUUGUUUUCUGCAUACUGCCGCUGUUUAUACAUACUUCUAUACCUGUGUUUUCUAGAAAUAAUUUUAAAUGUGAAAGUUGGUUGACACCUGUAUGCACAACCUCGUUUCUGCACACUGGCUGCGUGCACGUGUCUCACUGCAGACGAAGAUUUGGACCAAACCACUGUGGGUUGUGUGAGUAAGCUGGUGCCUGGCUAGGCUGCUGCUUUCGGACUAGGGCAUCCUUACUGCUGCUCUUGUGCUCUUGUUUGCAAGAUGCUGAAUGAGAGUGUUGAGGAAAAAGCCACGUGGCAUUCACGUGACCCACUGCCACUUCUCAAAACCCCGAGGCCUUAACAGAGAAACGUGGAAACCAUAGGGAGCUCUUGGGGCCAACAUGCCAGAGUGACUCUCUGCAGACAGCAAUUUGCAGCCGUUGCCUCCAGAACAGGGAGUCAAAAUGGGUAGCGGGCGCUUCACCUGCCCGCUGCAGCCUGGGGCUCGGGGGCAGGCUCCCCGCUCCCGGCACUGCCAGCCGGGGGGGAGCUGCUGUCCUGGACCAGGGGGACUGUUUCUGCUCACCAGCCAUUGAGCUCUGCCAUUGUUACUUCCAGUUUAUUGGCUUUUUUUUUAAAAUAGGUUUAAGGCUGAGCCUUAUUUCAUAUUAAAAUGUAGAAGGUUCCUGAUUCAAAUAUCAAAUGUCUUGGUCUGGAUUAAUAAUACACUUGCCAGCAAAGUUCCUGCAGGAAAAGGGAAGCUAUGGCUGCAACAGUCUGCUUCCUGCACAAAGCCAGGACUGUGUGGGGAAACUUGGCACUUGCUAUUGAUCUGUUUGCUCAGCAGCUGAGCUGGCAUUCGCCAGCUACAUGUGUUGGUUUUGUAAAUAGACAGAAUGCAGUACAUUUUCUCUUUAAGGCAUGUUUGAUAUUUGACUCUUCCCGUUGGGUUCGGGAGCUCUGUGAACUGUUAACUUGAAUCCCUCCCAAAAGCAGAAUAACAGAAGUUUACAGUUUUACAGCAUUGCGUGUUGAAUACCAUCCUCAGAUUCCUCCCGAGCAAUCAUGUACAGCAAAUAACAAGUAAAUAACAUGUGUGGUGAGUGUGUCCCCUUAAAAUCUAAAUGGUUCCAAGCAGCCAACUGUUAUUUCAGCAUGGUCAGGAUAGUGGUGAUGGAGGGGAAUGUUGUGUGUGUGCAGAUGUGUGUAAAUACAAAAAUUUCAAAUGGGCAAGGUUUUCUUCAAUUUUCAGAGGACUAAUACUUGAAACUUUAUUUAAAAAUUCAAAUUUUUCAACUAUUAAAAUUGGGGACUUGGCAAUUUCUAGUAAGAUUUGAGGCUGCAAAACUGCAGAAUCUGCAGUGAUAUCUGAUACUUGGAGCAAAUAUUCACUCCAUUUAACUCAACGUAGCUUAUUUAGCUAAUCAAAAUCAGUGUUUAUAUAGGGAGCGUGGCGAGACUAAGGCGCCACAGUUAACGUGAUCUGACCAGACACACGGGUAUCUGAACGUCCUGUCAUUUGACAUCACUGUUUUGCUUUAAAACUACAGGUAUCAUGUUGUAUUGUGACAGGCUAACAGGUAACGCAGCAUUACUUAGCCCCUGCAUUUUAUGGAGCACAAGUAAGUAUAAUAGUUCCUACAGCUAGAGUUAACAAAGUAUUAUUUAAUGCCUGUGUGCUACUGAGAAAAAAGGGGGUUUCCUACCAUUGCUUACACUAUGCUUGGCUAUAAGGUCCAACCAUCCUCUAAAAGUUUAUUUUUUUGUACUUGUUUAAAAAGAUUUAUAAAAUUUGUAACUUUUGACUCAGGUGUUGGGAUGUUGGCAGGUCUGCCAGCCAGUGUAAGGGUUGACAGGAAUGAAUAAAUGCACGAUCUGUUGCAGUCAUUUGGAAAAAGCCAGCUCCCCGAUUUUAAAAAAAUAAUAAAAAAAUAAAAAAAAUAAAAUUUAUUUCCAAAGUUAUCCCCUAUUGAUUGACUAAUAUAUGUCCCAGCCUGUCCCCAGUAACUGGCCUGGUACCCUUUUGCUGCAUGUGCAGGCAAUGCUGAUUAGACACAGGUGCUUGCUUUUCACUUAAUAAUUAAAAACCAGUUAACUUAAACUAAAAACGUGAUUGGAUCUAAAAGUAAAAGUGAUACUACUCCAGUCACACUCCGUAAGUGAUUGGAGUAGAAGGUUUUAUAGAAAUCUUAACAUUUAUAAUAACAAAAACCCCAGCCUGUAUCUCAAACUCAUUGAUCUUGAGGAGGUGCUGCAUCUUGGAGCUGCAAUUCAGCCUCACCCGUUUAGUCCAACAGGCAGAGCCCAGAGAGUCGGGGUGUGCGGAGUACUCAGUAACGGUCUUCCCAGCUUUUGAAAUGGGCAUUAAAAUGGGGGUUCAGGCCCUCUUACACUUGAAUUAAGGGUGUCUCUUCUUUAAUUCAGUGGUAAAAGGAUUUAAUAGUAGGUAAGUCAUAAUGACAAAAUAACUACUUACCUGGUAGUCAGUCAUGGUUAAUGGAUUAGCUUGAAUGUGUUUGAUUUUGAACUUAAAUUCCAUGUAUACUUUGUCAGACAGCUGUGUAGAAGUUGAGGUUUGGACAAUUUUUUGGACGCAACUUCAGCAAGAAAAUUUGCAGCACUGUGAGAGGCGCUCAGGUGAACGGUCCAGUUACAUUUGGGUCUCUUUCCACAAACUUUUCAGCCCUGGCCCGUUAGCCUUUGGUCCACACCUUGCUCAGUCUUGUUUGUUGAAGUAAAGAUGCACCAUUAAGAUCAGCAUGUCCUUCACAGACGGCACUGAAUAUAUUUUUCACAUUAUGAACAUAUUCUGGUACAACCCAAAUCUUCUGCAGGUUAAGUGUUAGCAGCUCUGUUUCACAGCCAGCUAGCAUUUAAAGCUCUGUCUGGGCACACAGUGUUUCUUAGUCUAGAAAGCUGGGUGUGUGUGUGUGUGUGUAUAUAUAGCUGUUAGACAUGGUAACGUCACAGCUUUCAAAUGCAGCUAGACAAUCGUAACUUUAAUACCAAAAACAAUAAAAAUAACCCACGCUAAUGGCCUUUCUGUCACACAGGUGUAAUCUGGGGGGGUGUGUUUGGUCCGAGUGUGAGCACCACAGAUGUGCCCACCAUGCUCAAGUGGAGCUGGAGUUGGUAUGAUUUCAUGAAGUGCUGCACUGUCUUGUCUCACAGUGUUUGGGAGGGAGAUCCAAGCGGUCGGCACAGCCUGUUGGGAGCUCAGCAUCGCACAUGGUUAUGCACCAGAGCGGGUGCUGCCCCUGCAGCCAUGUUGGACCCUUUGUGGCCAGGAGCCGCAAGAUUCUCCUGCAAAAUUCACCUCCUUUCUACUGUUUGGCUUUCUUAAACACACACCAGACCCUCCCUACCUAUAACUGGACAAACUUAUUUUUGAUGUAAGAAUAUUUUUUUAGCUAGAUUUUUUUGUUAAAGCCACACUAACUACAAUUUUUACCUUUUAUAUGUAAAGCUUGGCAAUAGCUCUCAAUGUAUAAUUUAUUUGGGUUUUUUUAUAUAAAA